UGUUAUUUUUUAGGAUGUUUUUUGUGUUUGUUUGAUCUACGGCUUCUUUAUUUUUGGCUUUUUAGUCUUUUUUUAAGUCUAGUACAUUACUAAGUAGGAAGGAUGGAGCUGGAGCAUUUAGGUGGUGGUGGGGUUAAACCAGAGAAGGGCACGAAUCGUCUCUACAAAAUAGCCCUGGUCAUGUCUGUGUGUGUCUGUGCUGCUCUACUGCUUGCUCUCAUACUGGUUUCUCAAAAAUCCAGUCAAGAAGAGUUCUGUCUGACUCCAGAAUGCAUCGAGGCAGCUGGGUCUAUUUUGAGCAAGAUGGAUCAAUCUGUUGACCCCUGCCAGGACUUUUACACAUUUGCUUGUGGAGGUUGGUUAAAGGAGAACCCGAUUCCCGAAGAUUCGUUUUCAUAUGGCAUCUACCCAUGGCUGCGACAGCACGUGGACUUAAAACUCAAAGAGUUAUUAGAAGCACCUGUGGAUGCUGAUGAACUACAGGCUGUCACCAAAGCUAAGACCCUGUACCGCUCCUGUAUGAAUGAAACCAUACUGGAGAAGCUGGAUGCCAAACCCAUGCUGAAAACACUGAAACAGCCCGAGUUCCACUGGCCUGUGGUGGGGGAUGGGCGUGGCGGGGAGUAUCAGUGGUCACAGAGUCAGUGGAGUCUUCUUAAGACCUUAGCGGAGAUGAGAAACCAGCACAGUAAGAGCGUCCUGAUCCGCCUGUAUGUCUCCCCUGACGACAAAAACUCCUCACACUACAUCAUCAAGCUCGACCAGGCAUCCUUGUCUUUGCCUUCCAGGGAAGACUACACCACCAACACUUCCUCUGCGAUUGCCAAUCGUGCUGCCCUGCUCAGUCUGAUGGUGGACAUGGCCGUCAUGCUGGGGGCCUCAGAGAAAGCAGCACAGGCUCAAAUGGAAAAGGCUCUUGAUUUUGAGACCAAAGUGGCUCAUAUCAUGAUUCCUUAUGAAAACCGCACCAGUGAGACCAUGUACAACAGAUACACACUCUCUCGACUGCAGAGCUCCUUGCCUCAGUUUGACUGGCUCAGUUUUGUGAAAGCUGUGGUGGAGUCUACCGACGAUCCAGAUCGGGUCAUUUCCUCAUCUGAGCCCAUUAUUGUCAGAACUCCGAAGUACUUCAAGGACCUCAUGAAACUCAUCGACAUCACAGACCCCAGGUCACCACUGGAACCACCUCUCUGACCCCUCGCUGGGAUAAGUGUGUGAACUAUGUUGAGAACGCCCUGGCUUACGCCACCGGGCGCCUUUUUGUCAACGCCCACUUCCAGGAGGACAAGAAACACAUGAUGGAGGAGCUAAUAGACGGCAUUCGUUGGGCAUUUAUUGACAUGCUGGAGAAGGAAAAUGAUUGGAUGGACCAACAAACUAAAAGGAGAGCCAUAGAAAAGGCUCAUGCAGUCCUGCCUAAGGUUGGAUACCCAGAGUUUAUUUUGAAUGAUACCUACCUCUCUGAAGAUCUGAAACAGCUGGACUUCAGUGAAAAGGAUUACUACGGUAAUGUGAUGCAGACGCUGAAGUUUAUUGCCCAGUCUGAUGUCUACUGGCUGAGAAGGAGCGUCCCACGAACAGAGUGGUUUACAAACCCAACAACCGUUAACGCAUUCUACAGUUCAUCAACCAAUCAAAUCAGAUUCCCUGCAGGAGAGCUUCAAAAACCCUUCUUCUGGGGAAGAGAGUAUCCAAGAUCUUUAAGUUAUGGUGCCAUUGGGGUGAUAGUUGGCCAUGAGUUAACUCACGGCUUUGACAAUAACGGUCGCAAAUAUGACAAAAAUGGCAAUCUGGACCAGUGGUGGAGUACGUCCUCUGUAGCAGCGUUCACUGAGAAAACUCAGUGUAUGAUUGAUCAGUACAACAACUACUACUGGGAGCAAGCUGGAUUAAAUGUGCGCGGUAAGAGAACACUAGCAGAAAACAUAGCAGACAACGGGGGAAUAAGAGAAGCAUUCAGGGCUUACAGGCGGUGGGUGGAUGAGAGCAGAGGAGGUGUGGAGGAGCCUCUGCUGCCAGGAGUGGAACUGAACAACAAUCAGCUGUUUUUCCUGAGCUACGCACACGUGAGAUGCAAUUCAUACAGACCAGAAGCAGCCAGAGAGCAGAUUCAGAAUGGAGCUCACAGUCCAUCAAAAUACAGAGUCAUUGGAGCAAUGAGUAACUACAARGAGUUCCGGAAAGCGUUCAAAUGUCCCGAGUCAUCAGUGAUGAACCGAGGAGCGCAGUCCUGCCGGGUGUGGUGAUCUCUGACCACAGUGUGACACUGAAGCUCUGCCUCAGGCCUGGACUGUCUGAGGGGAAAGACCGAUYAGGUUUGACAACAUUAAGACAGUUUCCUUAACGAAGGAACAAUAAAGACGAGUUGUUUCCUCUGAACCUUUUAUCGAAACAGAUAUUUAUUAAGUUAAAAGAACUCAGAGCCUUUAAAGUGUAUCUAUUACUGUAAAUAUACAAAUACUGUAACUUUUGAAUUCAUUAAGCAGCUACAUUUCUGAUAUAACUAGAAUAAAAUGAUAUUUUAGGUCAUUGCAUAUGUUUAUAAACACUGUCAACCAAAAAUCAUUUUGAAUAUGUUUUCUUUUUAAAUAUAUGUUUCUUUCUUUAGAUAAUUUUGAAAAUCAACACUGAAACAAUAACCCACUGGAUGUUUUUAAAGCCUUAAUACAACUCUGAACUAUACAGGACCAGGUACACGUGCUAUUUUUGCAGACUUUAGAACCAACAUUUUGUUUGUUAGGUCUGACUUUUGUUCUCGUGCUUUAUGUUUUAAUCUUAUUCCUGUUUGUUACUAAACACUUUGGUGCAGGGAAUGUACUUAAAAAUAAAAGUUAUCAAAUAGCAGUUUUUUUUAAUUGACUUUUGGCUGGUUAAGUUGUUUCAGUGUAAAUUAAGGUAAAAUCCUGAAAGUGAACUAGUUUUUUUUAUUAGUUUGAUGGUGCAUCGGCUAUUUUUUUAGUUAGUAGAGUAGAUAUUUUUGAUCACGAAAAUUAUUUAAAUAUUAUGGUGCAACUUGACAAUCAACCAAAACAUCAGCUCAAAUUCAAAACUACACACACAAAAAAUAUAUAUAUAUAUAUACAUAUAUAUGAAUAUCACUGUGCCCAGAUUGUAAUGACCACGAAAAAAGAGCCACAUAAAUGGUUUAAAACACAACCUUGACUAUUUUUUGAUGAUUGCACAUCAAUAAAAACAUAUUGAUUUAUUUAAUUGAGAAUACAUUUUCAUUGGAAAUUUAACACAGCUGGGUUCUCCAUUAAUAUUUUAUUCUAACAAUAGUUUAAAAAAUACAAAAUAAAAAGUGGAGAUCUGUCAAAAGUUCRGCAAAUCAGAUGAGAUGCCCUAAAACCUUCUGUUUUAUUUUAUUUCAGUUCAUUUUAGAAUCAAUAUAAAAAAGUUGUAUUUAUUUAAAUUGUUUGAAAAAUCUAACAGACCUGAAAAAAAACAUAUGCAGCUCUGUAGUGCAUAUGAUGCAAUGUUUUCUUAUCAACAUGUAAAUAUAUCAACAAUAGUGUUACUAUAAAUAUGAUCUGCUGUUUUCUUAAAAWAUAACAUGUUUUGUAACUUAUUGUGAAGAAUUGUGAGUUAUGAUGACUUGUGUGAUGAGAUCACAAUUAAUUCUCUGUUUACUUCAUUGUGACAGGUUAUAAUAAAACUCUGAGACAUUGUGA